AUGUAUUCUUCGACAUCACCAACGGCAACAACGUCUGCACCUCCACCCCCACCCCCACUAUCACGUCUCACUCAAUCCAUGAUCAACCGAUGUCACCAAUCAAUUCUCAACACAAUCAAACUAGAAACAGAAGCAGUAUCGCACUUGCACCACCAAUACACAACCGAUUCAUUCUCCAUUGACAAUUUAAUCCAUUCAAUCACAACCCUAUUUCAAACGCACACACGUGGUGGGAAAAUCAUCAUUACUGGGAUUGGCAAAUCACAUAAAUUGGCCCUGAAACUAGUGGCCACGUUCAAUUCGCUAAGUAUACAAGCUAGUUGCUUGCAUCCACUGGAAGCACUCCAUGGCGACUUGGGUAUCAUCAACGACAACCACGAUUGCUUAAUCAUGUUGACGGCAUCGGGAAACACCCCAGAAUUGAUCAACUUGCUACCUCAUUUAUCAUGCAAUUUACCGAUUAUUUUACUCACAUGUAACAAGUUUUCCAAUUUAUCAACUAGUAAUCGUAUACUGAGCUUAUUGUUGGCAGAUUUACCCAAUUCACAUAACGAAGAAAUGAUACAUGGCUUACCUGCCCCUACGGUGUCAACUACAUUAUCAUUGAUUUUGGCUGAUUCGGUUAUAUUGAGCUUAUCAGAGUUGAUUGAACAAGAUUUGGUUAAACGGAAAAAAUUAUUUGGAUUGAAACAUCCUGGUGGAUCAAUCGGUGCUUAUUUGAAUUUAGACACUGGGUCUUCAUUGACUUCAGACGGUAGUACAACUUCGUUGCUAAGUUUGAAAAAUGAUCAGCAGCAAACAACAAGCUCAACAAGGUCAUCCAAAGCAAGUUCUGCCGGAACUACUAGCUCUAGCGCUAACACCACCACUAUAACCUCAGUUGCGUCACCAUCAUCAGAUACAAAGACCAACCACGCAUUGCCAAUAACAAUCUCCAAAACAUCAUCAAUCAGUUCAGACGGUCAGGGGUUGGAAAUUUACGCCACUCCAUCACAUCAUUAUUGCAAUAACAACAACAAUACCACCACCACCACCACCACAACAACAACAACAACCACAAGCACACGAACAAAGUAUAUUUCCCAUGAUGAAAUCAUCAAUAUUGAAGAAUUAACAAUAUUGAAAUGGAUUACUUUAUUCGAUAGUUUACAAAUUAGCCAAACUGAGUUAAAGGUUGAUAUCAUGCAAGUGAGACAAUUGUAUAGGCAGUAUCGCAGUGAUGGUGAUGGUGAUGAUGAUGCAUCACAAGAAGCGGAGCUGAAUUGGAAUAAAUUCAAAUGGGAACUACUUCGAUCGUUCAAUUAG